AUGAUGAGCGAUGAUCCCCGUCAAGGUAGUAUGAUUGACAGGAAACUAGCAAAGGCCUCACGCGGCCGUAAAAUGAAAAGUCCUGGCGUGUUGGCGGACAGUGGCACGGCGCCACUGAAACGCGGCGCCAGUCAGACGCCUUCGCCAGCCCCGUUGAAGACGUCACGAAUAGAGCCGGAUCCGACGGUGUUUCGUAAUGGCAUUAUUGGAAUUGCGAAGUCUGACUCGUCUGCCACAUGUACGCCAAGUCUAUCGCUUGGUGUUGUGACGCCACCGGGUGCAGCACAUCAAACACCGCACACACCGUUGUCGGCGGAUUCGAAACCGCAUACCACGUCUGCUGAA